UUCCUUUGCUCAGUCUGGGCCCAGACCCAGUGCCCCUGAAGACAUGGAGUUUGUGUCUGGAUACCGCGACGAGUUCCUUGAUUUCGCUGCUCUGCUCUUUGGCUGGUUCCGCAAGUUCGUGGCAGAGCGCCGGGCUGUCGGAGCCAGCCUUGAGAGCCGCUGGCGGCAGCUGGAAGCUCAGAUAAGAAGGCUGCCCCAGGACCCUGCCCUUUGGGUGCUCCAUGUCUUGCCCAACCGUAGUGUGGGCAUCAGCCUGGGGCAGGGGGCAGACCCAGGCCCUGGACCAGGCCUGGGAGCUGCCCGGCUCCUGGGAGAGGAGCCUCCACUCCACCUGCAAGACCUGAGCCCCUAUAUCAGCUUUGUCAGCCUAGAGGAUGGGGAGGAUGGGGAGGAGGAGGAAGAGGAAGAUAAAGAAGAGAAUGGAGAGGAGGGUGCAAGCACAGAGAAGGUAGAGCCGGAGAAGGACAGGGAGUCAGCCCCAGCCAGCAGGGAGUCCCCCCAGGAAGCAAGCCCUCCAGGGGAGCCAGAGGAAGCUGAGCAGGAGGGAGGAGGUGGUCACGAUGGCUGCCGAGAGGACAAGGCAGAGGAUGAAACAGGUCCUGAGAAGAGGAAGGGAUGGAGGAGUGCUGAGGCUGCUCCUCUGCACGUUUCCUGCCUUUUAAUGGUGACAGAUGAACAUGGCAUCAUCUUGGGCAUUGAUCUGCUAAUGGAUGGAGCGCAGGGGAGUGCAGGCCAGGGCUCAGGGACCGAGAAUCUGGCUCCUCGGGCCUACGCUCUCCUCUGCCACAGCAUGGCCUGCCCCAUGGGCUCUGGGGACCCCCGAAAGCCCCGACAGCUUACUGUGGGAGACACCCAGCUGCAUCGAGAGUUGAAGACCCUGGUCCCAAGGCUGGGCGUGAAGUUAGCCAAGACCCCAAUGCGGACAUGGGGUCCCCGGCCAGGCUUCACCUUUGCCUCCCUUCGGGCUCGAAUCUGCCAUGUUUGUCACAGGCACAGCUUUGAAGUGAAGCUAACACCAUGCCCCCAGUGCAGUGCUGUCCUGUAUUGUGGAGAGGCUUGUCUCCAGGCUGACUGGAGGCGAUGCCCAGAUGAUGUGAGCCACCGAUUUUGGUGUCCAAAGCUUGCGGCCUUCAUGGAGCGGGCGGGGGAACUAGCAACUCUGCCUUUUACCUACACUGCAGAGGUGACCAGUGAAACCUUUAACAAGGAGGCCUUCUUGGCCUCUCGGGGCCUCACUCGUGGCUACUGGACCCAGCUCAGCAUGCUGAUUACAGGCCCUGGCACCCCCAGGCACCCCUGGGGCAGCACACCAGCCCUCAGUCUUCUCAGUGGAGAUCCCUACCACCUUCUCCAAGGGGAUGGGCCUGCCCUGAUGCCUCCUGUGCCCCCAGAUCCACCCAGGGGCCUCUUUGGCUCGUGGCAGGAUUACUACACAUGGCGGGGCCUCAGCUUGGACUCCCCCAUGGCUGUGCUUCUCACCUACCCGCUGACAGUGUACUACGUCAUCACUCACCUGGUGCCCCAGUCCUUCCCUGAGCUCAACAUCCAGAACAAACAGUCACUGAAGAUCCACGUGGUAGAAGCCGGGAAGGAGUUUGACCUGGUAAUGGUGUUUUGGGAGCUCUUGGUCCUGCUCCCCCAUGUGGCCCUGGAGCUGCAGUUUGUGGGUGACGGCCUGCCCCCUGAGAGUGACCAACAGCAUUUUACCCUGCAGAGGGAUGGCCCCGAGGUGUCUGUCCGUCCUGGUUCUGGGGUAUCAGCACGACUCAGCUCUGGGACUAAGGAGAAAGGGGGCCGCAGGGACCUACAGAUCAAAGUGUCGGCAAGGCCCUACCACCUACUCCAGGGGCCCAAGCCAGACCUGGUUAUCGGAUUUAACUCUGGCUUUGGUCUCAAGGACACUUGGCUGAGCUCUCUGCCUCGGUUACAGUCCCUCCGAGUGCCAGCCUUCUUCACCGAGAGCAGCGAGUAUGGCUGUGUGAUGGACGACCAGACCAUGGCGGUGGCCACGGGAGGGGGCACCAGCCCUCCACGGCCCAACCCCUUCCGCUCCCCUUUUCGCCUCAGAGCGGCCGACAACUGCAUGCCCUGGUACUGCAACGCCUUCAUCUUCCAUUUGGUCUACAAGCCCCCGCAAGGGGCUGCGGCCCGCCAGGCGUCCGGCCCCGCGCCCCCUGCCCCGGCUCCUGCCGCCUCUCCCGCCCCCACCCGAAGGCGCCGAGGAGAAAAGAAAUCCGGGCGCGGGGCCCGCCGGCGGAGAUGAGUGCUGAGGCCGUAGCAGUCCGCCCCCUCCCCAAACACGCUUCCGAAAGAAAACAUGAUAGACACCCGCGGCCACGAAAAGGUAAGUCAUUUUCCAGCCCUGGUAACCCUCAGGAACCCAACCCCAAAGCAACGAAAGACCGAGAAGCAGAAUGUGGUUUCUCACCAGGGGGUGGGGGAAGCAGACAACCUCCUAGGGACGCACAGGCCCCACGCACCCAACUGCAGUUUCUCUCAUCCCUCACGUCGGAUAAACACUCAACUCCUGCCGAGUUGGUCUCCUAAAAUCCAUCAGUGUAUGUCCAGUCUGCUGUAAACUCCACCAUACCUCAUCUCCACAUUGCAGCCAGCAUAUUCCUCCUAAGACAGACGUUCGAAACCCAGUCCUCCUGUGCUUAGGUCCCUUCAGUGACUUCACUCCACUCUUAAAAUCCUCUUGAGUGUGGGCAGAUUUAGUGACUUCAGAGUCACUAAGUAUAGAGUUACUAAGUGUAGAAAGGGAAACACAGUGAAGAAACCAGGCAGACACCCUCUUAACCGAGUGACCAAGGUUAAUAAUAAGUAAUAAGUCCUGAUAGC